AUGGAGUCGCAUUUCCAAAAUCCGCAGCCUGGUCACAACCACCAUGUGCAUUCCGGCCAUCAGCCGCCGCCGCCGCCGUCGCUGAGCCCCCACCUCAAUCAACUGACGCAUCUCCAACUCACCGGCCACUUCGGUCACUACCAUCAACAUUACCAGCCCCCGCAGCAACAACAGCGAACGCAAAUGCCGCUCGAAUACCCAGUCACCGCGGCGAGUAAUAUAGAAGUACCCGCUACCUACUGGCCUUCGCCGCAAGGAGAGCAAGUACUUCCGCUGCCAAAAAGGCGGACAGUCACUGGAACAGUUCGUGGUGGAGCUCACAGAACAAGCCCAGAAGUGCAAACUAGGGGAUCUACAGAACAGCCUAAUUAAAUGCAUGAUCACCUACGGAGUCAACAGCAACGAGAUGAGGGAGAAGCUACUACAGGAUGACUCACUGACGUUGGAACAGGCCAUUCACCAAUGCAAAGUGAUGGAGAAGGCAAAGCCGCGAAAAUCCAGAGCAAGAAGAUGGAAGCCACCGGGGAAGCAACGGGAACAGUAGACUUAAUUAAAUCACAGAAAAAGUUAGGUCAGAUACAGGUAGGUAAAAGUGUCUAC